AUGCCCAUUGAGCCGCUUCCCCAGGCAACGAUUCGAGCAAUUGGCUCCACUUCAGUCAUCUCGGAUCCUUGUUCAGUCGUGAAGGAGCUUUUGGACAAUGCAUUAGAUGCUUCGGCUUCAUCUGUAUCUGUGGAGAUUUCCCCAAACACCGUGGACACCAUUCAAGUAAAAGAUAAUGGCCACGGUGUACCAGUGGAGGACCAUCCGUUUGUCUGCAAGCACGCCUUUACAAGCAAAAUUUCAACCAUUGACGAUUUGAAAAAUGUCGGUGGUACGACUCUGGGAUUCCGAGGUGAAGCGCUUGCCAGCAUUGCUGAGAUGUCGGGCGGCAUUUUAUUUGUGACUCGCACUGCAUCAAGCAUGGUUGGGUCUCAACAAGAGUAUGGGAGAAAAGGAGAGCUCAUCAGGUCUCAAAAAACUGCACACCCGGUUGGGAGUACUGUCCGUGUUCGGGACUUUCUGAAGCAUAUUCCAGUACGAAGACAGGGUGUGCUGAAAGGGAGUGUCAAAUGUCUCGGCAGAAUAAAGAAGCUUCUCCAAGACUACUCCUUGGCUCAGCCUUCCAAGCGAUUUUCACUGAAGGUACUUCGAGCCAAAAACGAGAAUCACAAUUGGUCCUUCAUACCUGGGCCAACUCCGACUUUGGUCAAUGCGGCGAUCAAAGUUAUUGGGCACGAUGCGGCUACUUCUUGUACGACCGAGGAGAUCUCGAUGCCGGCAGAAAUCCAGACAGAUAGGACCCCCGACCGGAAUUUCUUCAAGAUCAUGGCUCUUCUUCCGAAAGUCGGCGCAGAUGCUUCGAAGAUCAGGAACAAGGGCCAAUUUGUCAGUAUAGAUGGUCGACCACUUUCUACCAACAGAGGUUUUGGGCACGAGGUUGUCAAGUUAUUCAAGACCUUUAUUCGUGCCGCUUGGACACUAUCCGAUGAUUCUUCCAAGUCAACAAACGAUCCGUUUCUUUGUGUUCACAUAACCUGCCCUCCGGGCAGCUAUGAUGUGAAUAUUGAGCCGGGCAAGGAUGACGUGCUGCUGGAAGAUCGAGAAGUCUUGCUUGAUCUGAUCGAGAAGAUUUUGACGAAGCAUUACGGUGUGCUACCGAAUCCUCCGACCCAAAAACAGUCCAAAAAAGCAGCAGAUUCUCUACCCCGAGACGAGCAGAACGGGUUUUCUUUACUCAUGGCCCGGAAGCCCCCGACUACUACAAACGAACACUCCAAUCUAGGUGGUCAGUCCCGCAACCAAGUAUCUGUACCUUUGAUAUCGCGGCAGUCUCUGAUAUCUGCUGGCCUUCCAUCGCCCGAAAGUACGCCGAAUGAUCAGCACCGACGCCGAAAUGGCCAUACAGAUACGCCGACCAGCUCUUCCAGCUUGCGCCCAGUCACUUCAUGGUACAUGUCUGUUGGGCAAUUCCCCUCCGCGGCUGAGAACGGCGUGGAACCAGUGUCUAUUUCUCGGGAGGCAGUAAGCGCUCUAGCAUCGGGAAAAGGUCGAAAAUUCUUAACACAACCUCGAAAUCAACCCAAGCAACGUCAUGACCCGGAAACGAAUGUGCAUUCUAGACUUACACCAGUGAGUCCGUUGAGUCGCCGCCCAAACUCGCCACUGAUGCGGGAACAAAAUCACAGCCCCCAUUCCGCAGAUGCAUCUAGAAAGGCAGUUAGGGCAAGAGACAAGGAGCGCUAUGGCAAUGGCGCCCUCGACACAUGGUUUCAGCGGCUUAACCAAACAUCGCUCAGCCAAAAUUCAGUAGAAACUCAGAAUGAACCUGAAACCCCUGAACUCUCGCUUUCUGAACUUGCGGAAGCGAGGUUUAAUCCGUCAAUCGAUCUGUCCGGCAACAGUGCCUUCGUGGAAAGACGCCAGCAAGCUGACCCCACAAGUCCUGCGGAGGAACAGCGUGUGAAUUUACAACAGUCGCCAGAAGCUCCACCAGUCAGCUGCACUCAGGCAAGGCCUAUGAACAGCGGUCGUGGAUACCCUGUUCUAGAAAACUGGGCUGCCAGUGUUCACGAAGGAUUUGUUCCGGCGAGCUCUCUCGAUUUGGAACAGGCACUGGACUUUGAGAGGCGCAAACGAGAAGUCAACAGGAGGAGUCGAACACGUUCCCUUCGGCCUGGCACUUCCACAAGAACCUCGUCAUCGGCACGACUUGAAAGCGAUCGGGAUCCUCACGCCGAGAUAACAAACGUUGCAGUGCAGAAAGCCUUUGACACUAAUUCCGUAACUCCUCUCUCGGCGAAGGAUCCAAGGGCUUACCUUAUCUACCAUCAAAGCGAUCAGGGAGUAAACCGUCGAGUGCGAACGAGCAAGUUGCCUUUGGAGAGAGUGACCGAAGAGGAUAUGCUCUUCAACAAGUCAGUCAUCCUGAAAGCACAAGUCUCAGAACUUCAGAGGGCUUUCCAUGCCAUCGCUUUCAAUGAUGGAUAUACUCGAAAGAAAGACGAGACUGACGGACUGUCGCCCUCAAAUUUUACUGAUCAGCACUUGUCCUUGAAUAGAAGACUUGUUGAACUUGUCAGUCAGAAUUUUCGAACAGACGAAGGCUCUAGACUUGACUAUUUGCAGAUCGAUAUUGCUACCAUCCUAGCGGAUCAUGAGAAACGCACCCAUGUACUGGAAGCCCAGAAAGUAUAG